AUGUCGACGCUGGCCCCCCUGCGCCUGCUGCGUGAGCCCUGGAAUGCCAGCGAGGGCAACCAGAGCAACACCGGGGCCGGCAGCCCCUGGUGCCAGGGGCUCAACAUUCCCAGCGAGCUCUUCCUCACGCUGGGGCUGGUGAGCCUGGUGGAGAACCUGCUGGUGGUGGCUGCCAUCCUGAAGAACAGGAACCUGCACUCGCCCACGUACUACUUCAUCUGCUGCCUGGCCGUCUCCGACAUGCUGGUGAGCAUCAGCAACCUGGCGGAGACACUCUUCAUGCUGCUGAUGGAGCACGGCGUGCUGGUGGUCCGCACCAGCAUUGUCCGCCACAUGGACAACGUCAUUGACAUGCUCAUCUGCAGCUCCGUCGUGUCCUCCCUCUCCUUCCUGGGGGUCAUCGCCGUGGACCGCUACAUCACCAUCUUCUACGCCCUGCGCUACCACAGCAUCAUGACGCUGCAACGGGCCGUGGUGACCAUGGCCAGCAUCUGGCUGACCAGCACCAUCUCCAGCACCGUCUUCAUCACCUACUGCCACAACAAUGCCAUCCUCCUCUGCCUCAUCGGCUUCUUCCUCUUCAUGCUGGUCCUCAUGCUGGUGCUCUACAUCCACAUGUUCGCCCUGGCCCGCCACCACCUCCGCAGCAUCUCCAGGCAGCAGAAGCAGCCCACCGUCUACCACGACAGCAGCCUGAAGGGAGCCGUCACGCUCACCAUCCUCCUGGGCGUCUUCUUCAUCUGCUGGGGGCCCUUCUUCUUCCACCUCAUCCUCAUUGUCACCUGUCCCAACAACCCCUUCUGCACCUGCUUCUUCAGCUACUUCAACCUCUUCCUCAUCCUCAUCAUCUGUAACUCAGUCAUCGACCCCCUCAUCUAUGCCUUCCGGAGCCAGGAGCUCCGGCGGACGCUGCGGGAGGUGGUCCGCUGCUCCUGCGCGGCGGGCCGUGCCGCGGGGGGGUGGGGAAUGGGAGGGGGUCCCGGUGUCCGUGUGGUGUCCCCCCCCCGCCCUCGCUGAGCCCUGUGCCCCCAGUUCUGGGAGGUGAUCAGCGACGAGCACGGCAUCGACCCCAGCGGCAACUACGUGGGCGACUCCGACCUGCAGCUGGAGCGCAUCAGCGUCUACUACAAUGAGGCCUCUUCUCACAAGUACGUGCCUCGCGCCAUCCUGGUGGACCUGGAGCCGGGGACGAUGGACAGCGUGCGCUCGGGUGCCUUCGGCCACCUCUUCCGCCCCGACAACUUCAUCUUCGGGCAGAGCGGGGCCGGGAAUAACUGGGCCAAGGGGCACUACACGGAGGGGGCCGAACUGGUGGACUCGGUGCUGGACGUGGUACGGAAGGAGUGCGAGAACUGCGACUGCCUGCAGGGCUUCCAGCUGACCCACUCGCUGGGCGGCGGCACUGGCUCCGGCAUGGGCACCCUCCUCAUCAGCAAGGUGCGGGAGGAGUAUCCCGACCGCAUCAUGAACACUUUCAGCGUGGUGCCAUCCCCCAAGGUGUCGGACACGGUGGUGGAGCCCUACAACGCCACGCUCUCCAUCCACCAGCUGGUGGAGAACACGGAUGAGACCUACUGCAUCGAUAACGAAGCUCUCUACGACAUCUGCUUCCGCACCCUCAAGUUGGCCACCCCCACCUACGGUGACCUCAACCACCUCGUCUCGGCCACCAUGAGCGGCGUCACCACCUCCCUCCGCUUCCCCGGCCAACUCAACGCCGACCUCCGCAAGCUGGCCGUCAACAUGGUGCCCUUCCCACGUCUCCACUUCUUCAUGCCGGGCUUCGCCCCGCUGACGGCCCGCGGCAGCCAGCAGUACCGUGCCCUCACCGUCCCCGAGCUCACCCAGCAGAUGUUUGACGCCAAGAACAUGAUGGCCGCCUGCGACCCCCGCCACGGCCGCUACCUCACCGUGGCCACCGUCUUCCGGGGCCGCAUGUCCAUGAAGGAGGUGGAUGAGCAGAUGUUGGCCAUCCAGAGCAAGAACAGCUCCUACUUCGUAGAGUGGAUCCCCAACAACGUCAAGGUGGCCGUCUGCGACAUCCCUCCCCGGGGGCUGAAGAUGUCCUCCACCUUCAUCGGCAACAGCACGGCCAUCCAGGAGCUCUUCAAGCGCAUCUCGGAGCAGUUCACGGCCAUGUUCCGCCGCAAGGCCUUCCUCCACUGGUACACGGGCGAGGGGAUGGACGAGAUGGAGUUCACCGAGGCCGAGAGCAACAUGAACGACCUGGUGUCCGAGUACCAGCAGUACCAGGACGCCACGGCCGAGGAGGAGGGCGAGAUGUACGAGGAUGACGAGGAGGAGUCGGAGGCCCAGGGUGCCAAGUGAUGCCUGACGCCCGAUGCCUGCAGCCCCCCGGCUUCGCGCUGCUGCACCCCCCCACCCCGGGCCCCAGCCGGGCUCCCCCCGUGCGGCCCUUCGGUGUCUCCUGACCCCGUCCCCCCCUGAGCCGGCUCGGCCCCCCCCACCCCUCCCUCCUGCCUCCCCCCUUUUCGUUUUUUACUGGUUCGUGUCUAUUAUUUUUUUUGAAUACUUAAUAAAUUUAUUGCUGUCCAGGUA